UCAACAAAUUGCGUAUUAUGUACCUGUUGUUAAUGUGUUAUUUUGUCUUAACAAAUAGUUUCUAAGCCAUCUGAUUUAUUUCUUUAUUCCAGUGGUGCUCAGGGCCAUUUUUCCCUUCCUUUAACCUGGCCAGCAUGGCUCUGGAUCUUAGCCCUGUCCUUCCAUCUGUUACUGUGUCGUGGUGUGUUUAGAGGGGGCAUCCUCCUCCUUGUUGUCAAUGCUGAGCUUAACUCUCAGCACUGCUGCUUUCCUGAGUAGCAAGACAACCUGGCUGGCUGCAUGGACUUAGUGAAAGAUUAUGUGAUAUCUUCAGACUGCUGUAUUUUUCAGGGUGUUUUCACAUCAGUUUAUAUCCACAGCAGAAAGAAACAGUUCUGUGCGAAGGGGCAGAGUCCUCUGCAUUCAGUCUGUCGUGUUGUGUCUGACCUUCAGUGGAUAUGGAGGAGGAGGGUUAACAGGUGGCGUUCUUUGCCUUGUACCUAGAAGGAGAUGAAGUUCAGGGAGAGCACAGUAGUAGGAAUUUACUGUUCACAGCACAGUCUGUUACUCUGCCACAGGAACUCGCAAGAGGGCUGCCUUGCUGUGGGCAGAUUGCCAUUGGUUGUAACUGCCGUGAAGCCUGCAGAACUAAAAUUAGAUUCAGCCAAGAGAUGGUGGCGUAUCUAUAUAAGGUUACCUACUGCUCAAAUGGUUCUGUGUUUUGAUGUCCAUUCAGAACUGAAAGGAAGCUUUAGUUACAUCUCUGUAGUGAAUGCAGCAGAGGCAGCGCUAGCAGUGCCCAGGAUGUUUCCUUUGCAGAUAUCCGUGGGGAGCUGCUUCACUUUCCACUUGCAUCUUCAGUCUCAUCUCGGUUUUGGUUUUAAGAUGCCAUACCGGAGUCCUGCCUGCACCUGUCAGUGAGUUCUGGUCCCAAAUUCAACAGUGCCAUCAGAGGGAAGAUUGGUCUGCCUCACAGCAUCAAAUUAAGCAGACGGCGUUCCAGAAGCAAAAGUCCCUUCAGAAAAGACAAGAGCCCUGUUAGAGAACCUAUUGAUAAUCUCACCCCUGAAGAGAGGGAUGCUCGAACAGUAUUCUGCAUGCAGCUAGCUGCAAGAAUUCGACCAAGAGACCUGGAAGAAUUUUUCUCUACAGUAGGGAAGGUGCGUGAUGUGCGGAUGAUUUCUGAUAGGAAUUCCAGGCGUUCAAAGGGAAUUGCUUAUGUGGAAUUCGUUGAUGUUAGUUCAGUGCCUCUGGCAAUAGGACUCACUGGACAGAGAGUCCUGGGCGUACCAAUCAUAGUGCAGGCAUCACAGGCAGAGAAAAACAGAGCAGCAGCAAUGGCAAACAACCUGCAGAAGGGCAGCGCCGGCCCCAUGCGGCUCUACGUAGGGUCGUUGCACUUCAACAUCACUGAAGAUAUGCUUCGAGGGAUCUUCGAGCCGUUCGGCAGGAUUGAAAGUAUUCAGCUGAUGAUGGAUAGUGAAACUGGACGUUCCAAAGGAUAUGGAUUUAUUACGUUCUCAGACUCAGAGUGUGCCAAAAAGGCUUUGGAGCAGCUCAAUGGAUUUGAGCUGGCUGGCAGGCCGAUGAAAGUUGGGCAUGUAACUGAGCGCACUGAUGCUUCCAGUGCUAGCUCGUUUUUGGACAGCGAUGAGUUGGAGCGAACUGGAAUUGACUUGGGAACAACUGGUCGCCUUCAGUUGAUGGCAAGACUUGCAGAGGGUACUGGGUUGCAGAUUCCCCCGGCUGCACAGCAGGCUCUGCAGAUGAGUGGCUCGUUGGCAUUCGGGGCUGUGGCAGAUCUGCAAACAAGACUCUCUCAGCAGAAUGAAGUUUUGGCUGCAGCUGCUUCUGUACAACCACUUGCAACACAGUGCUUCCAGCUUUCCAACAUGUUUAAUCCUCAAACUGAAGAAGAAGCCGGCUGGGAUACAGAAAUUAAAGAUGACGUGAUUGAGGAAUGUAACAAACAUGGAGGAGUUAUCCACAUUUAUGUAGACAAAAACUCAGCUCAGGGCAACGUGUAUGUGAAAUGUCCUUCCAUUGCUGCUGCCACCGCAGCUGUGAGCGCGUUGCACGGGAGAUGGUUUGCAGGUAAAAUGAUCACAGCAGCCUACGUACCUCUCCCGACGUACCACAGCCUGUUCCCAGACUCCAUGACUGCAACCCAGCUACUGGUUCCCGUUCGACGAUGAAGAUGGAUUUAGUCAGUUUUGUACAUAGUUAUUUUUUGGAGGAAGAUUGAGUUAUCUUUUAUUUAGAUAAAACUAAAGGAAAGGAUUUAAUGUCAUUUUGUGUACACUUCCUGCUACCUUUAAAAUAAAAUGAAGUAAGCAGAAAUGCAGUGUGUUCAUUCUCCCUAACUAGCAUUUCCACUGUAUACAAAGCUGUUGACUUCUUGUUCUGCCUUGUAAUUCUUGUACAUUUACUAAGGUGAUCUGUAGGAACUGAGAAGUAGCUCAUAGAAAAUAAAUUCUCUGUAAAAGGCAGAUGGGACAUAAUUCAAUUUUUAAGUGUUUCACGAGCCUUUCUUUUAAUGCAGCAAUUACAAUUGACAUUUCACUAAAUGUAGGUGAUCUGCUUGAGGUUAAUAUCAGAGGUAGAGACUGUGAAGGGACAUAUUUAGUGUUGUGUAUAAAGGGGAACUGGAAAGGCUGCUGGAAGCUGACCUGGCCCGGCGCUCAGUGCGCUGUGCUGAACGAGGGUAAGAAUGGAAGGACUGGAGGGUUUUAUUUCUCGAUGGUAACUUUUGAUUAAUGUUAUCUGUAAAAGUUUCUUUGUAAAUACUGUGUGAGGUGUGUCUACAUUUCCAAACAAAACCAUCUCUGCAUUUCCAGACAGGUUUCUGUGCGUGCAGUAGCUGAAGGAUUUCAGCAGAGUCUGAAGGUGGGCAGGAAAUACAGAAACAUGUUUUGUUCUGGUUGCAUAUAAUCUUUGCUCUUUUUAAGCUCUGUGAGCUCUGAAAUAUAUUUUUGGGUUACUUCAGUGUGUUUGACAAGACAGCUUGAUAUUUCUAUCAAACAAAGACUUUCAUAUUGCAACAAUCUUUGUAAGAACCACUCAAAUAAAAUUCUCUUAAAAAGGC